UAGGAUGAAAGUUGAAAAGCAAAAUGUCCAAAUAUGACGGCUAUAGACUAUUGCUUUUUUCACAUUGGGCUUCUAUGUGAUAAACAAGCAUUGUGUCUCUUUUUGUACUUCUAACAAAAUCAUGAAUCUCUUCAGUUGACCCAACCCGCUGGAGAAGCAAUGGCUUCGAUCAUGAAGAGUCUGAUAGAUAACGAUGAGAGAUACGUGAAGGCCUUCAAGCUGUUUCUGGACCGCAGCACUCAGCACCAGAGCAUGACCAACUUUAUCCAUGGCACAGUUUCAGAUAUACUGGAAAGUCUUGGCGAUGGAAAGGACAAGCUGAAUGUCAUCGGAGUGGGAAGUGCUGGAGGUGAGAUAGACCUGGAGAUGUUUUCUCAGCUCCGUCAGAAGCAUCCAAGCAUAACGGUGGACAACCAAGUGAUUGAGCCCAGCGGUGAACAGGUAGAAAACUACAAAGUUUUGGUGUCAAAGACAGCAGAUUUGGAUAACAUUAAAUUCACUUGGAACCAAAAAACCUUUCAUCUACCCUUUAGUAUUCCAAAGUAUACUUUCAAAUACAAGAGGCAGCUUGCCACCUACCCUGGACAGUAUUUCAGCAUGGACGAUAUCAAGGGCAUGCUGGAUUCCAAGGGCAUCAGUUACCGUAGUUACCAGAUGCCGUCAUACCUUGACAUCAGCGAGUGCUUCGUUGAGGGGAACGCGAACGGAGAGUUACUGCUGGACUUCCUGCUCCUAGUGGAGGACUUCAGCCGGACGGCGCCGGUCGAGAUGAAGGAGGGGGUCCUGGAGAUGCUUCGGCACCCGGACUGCAGCGCGGAGACCGAUGGGAAGAUCAUCUUUAACAACAGCAUAGAGGCACUGGUCCUGGACCCUCUCCCUUAGCAUGGCGGAGGACGUUUUAAGGAUCUUAAGUAUCGUUUAUUUAUUGUCUUCAUGGAACACGUUCAAGUUGAAAAUGUUCUAAUACAUCUAAUCUGUUCUUAUAGAAAUUGUAUUUGAACUGUGUCACCACUAUCCUAAAGUGGUUUUAUGUAACAUUUCUACAUUUUCUACAACAUUUCAGAUUAAUACAUUAAUCUGCUCAAAUCUGAGGGAGCAAGAUGUUUUACUCUAUUUCAUUUCAUGUUUGGUUUGGGCUACUUUCAACGUGAUUAAAAGUAGCCCAAAAAGGAGGGAAACCAGGCAAUCUGGCAACACGUCGUCACGCUGUGGCCUCAACAUGAGUCAAUGAG